AUGAAACCAUAUGCUGUGGUAUAUUUCACCAAAGAAGACAUGUACUCAGAAAUUCCAACAAGUUGGUUGCAAAAUAAUGAUGCUGGCUAUUGGCCCAAUUCAAUGAAUCCAUGUAAAUUGAUGCAGAAAGGAGUGGAGCCAGACAAAGAGAAUUGGGAGGUUCAUCAGUUGAAAAUUGUGGGUUUUAGUGAGACUUUGGAUGGUGCUCGCAAAAAAGCAGCAGAUUCCGAGUACAGCACUAGUAAUGAAGACAGUCAAGAUGCUGGAAGGGGAAGAAGAAGAAAGAAUCCAACUGACAGGAUGAGAAAUUUCGUGAUUAGUAGCUCUGAGGAGGAGACAAUGACCCCUCCUCCAUCACCAAAACAAACAAACAUUCAAAAACCUAUUUCACCUGAUAUUAACAGCACUGAUGAUGAAGAUAAUCCUAAUAAUGUUGAGGUUGUUGCUGAAGGUCUUUUAGGUGGUGCUCGAAAGAAAACUGUAUAUCUCAUUGAAAAACCUCAAAAAGAGAGCCAUAAUAUGAAAAAACAAGUUUCAACUCUCAAUAAAAAUAGUUUUGAUUUGAAUCAGACACCAACACCCCCAUCACAAAAUGAAAAAAGUGAAUCAGAGAUACAGAUUGAUAAUUUUGAGGAUGUUGAAGGACCAGCCAUAACUUUGGAGACAUUAAAUCAGGAAAUUGUUAAACUGGGAACCAUUUGUUUAUCUAACAAAAAAUCCUUGAAUUCAAUAUAUACCAGGGUGAAUGAUGGGUAUGGACAGCCAAAUAAUCAUGACUCCUAGAAGUUGAAAAAUCUUCCAAUGAAAACCCUUGAUUAAAUUCAGGAGUUUGAACUUCAGACAGAGCAGGAUGACAAUGUUAAAACUUCUUUGGUCCAUCUUUUCAAAUCUUUGGGUGGAAGAGAUGGAAAAGACCAUAUUCAUAGAUGCCUCGCCCAAUUAUUCACAAAUGAGCUGGCUACACAGUGUUCAUGGUUUGGACAACGGGGAAACUUUAAAAUCAAAGAUCUGCAUGCAAUCAAAUUAUUGACAGAGAGUAUUAUUAGCAUUCAUUCACCAAUAUCAUACGCUGAUAUUGAAAAACAUGCAGGGGAAUGGUUUAGAUUGAGCCAUCAAAGGCUUAACAGGGAAAUGGAGAGAAAAAAUGCUGGGAUAGCCAAUGAAUGA